AAUAGCGUGUCGAUUAGAAUCGCCUCUUCCUUAUCUUAGAGCAGACUUACAUGAGUAUACCUGCGGAUGGUUUGGGUGUGCACUACACAUUUCAGCAUGGCUUGUGGUGGGUUUGUUUGUUCCAGAAGUGCCCUCUGCGUGCUCAACAUUAUUUAUGUGAUGGUGAGUCUUUUCAUGACUGGCGUAGCAGGAUGGGGCAAAUGGUUCGGACUGGUCUCUAGUUUCAGGGUGAUGGCUGCUGUCAUUGCAGUUGGACUCUUUCUCUUUGCUGUGGCAAUUGUGGGCUUGUACGGAGCUCUAAAGCAUAACCAAGUCCUUUUGUUCUUUUACAUGCUGAUUCUUUUCAUGGUAUUCAUUGUGCAGUUUUCAGUCUCAUGUGCCUGCUUGGCGAUUAGUAAAGAACAACAGAGCCUUCUUCUGGAGAUUGGGUGGAAUAAGUCUGAAUCAAUGCAGAAGGAUUUGGAAAGAACGUUGGAUUGUUGUGACUUCAUUAAAGUUGACUACAAUGGAACAUGUGAGGCGAACUGUUUCAAAGAACAAACUUGUACGCUGUGUUCAGAGAUAAUCCAGGACUAUGCCGAUGACGCCCUGCAUUUUGUUGGAGGAAUCAGCUUAUUUUUUAGUUUUACAGAGAUUUUGGGUGUCUGGCUUGCAAAUAGGUACAGGAAUCAGAAACACCCUCGACAAUAUCCUGGUGCUUUCAUUUAAAGCAUUGUGUGUGUGGCACACGUGUUUAUCUUCUUGAAUGGACUUAUCAUUUAUGCUGUGUUCUCUUGAUUACAUAGCCAUGAUGAAAUCUGUUUUCAACAUUUAUUUUAAAGGUAGUAAUGUGUUAAUCCAAAGUGAUUACUGCAUCUGU